AUGAGCAGCAACCAGCAAGACAACAACAAAGGGUUUGAGGAACAGCUAUGGCUCCAACAACUCUAUGAGGAGAUUAAUGAACUACCCAAGGGCAAUGAUCCCUACACUUAUGUGGACCAAGCUGAUGGCACUGCUUAUGAGUGGGACCUGGACAAGAAGGCUUGGUUCCCCAAGAUCACUGAAGAUUUCCUUGCUACAUAUCAAGCCAAUUAUGGAUUCCCUCCUGAUAAUCCUCCUUUCUCAUCUGCAAAAAGUGAAGAAGCUGAUAAGAAUGUAAAAGCUGGUGAGGAGCCUCCUGACAAAAAAGCCACCCAAAACUGUGAGAAAAAGCGGAAAGGAGAAAAGAGAAAGCCUGAACCAGGAUGGUUUCAUGUUGAAGAGGACAGCAACACAAAUGUAUAUGUUACUGGCUUACCUCCAGACAUUACAAAGGAUGAAUUUGUACAACUUAUGUCCAAAUGUGGCAUUAUCAUGAAAGACCCCCAAACAGAUGAAUGUAAAAUCAAGCUUUAUAAAGAUAAACAAGGAAAUCUUAAAGGAGAUGGGGUUUGCUGUUAUUUGAAGAAAGAAUCGGUUGAUCUAGCAUUAAAGCUUCUAGAUGAUGAUGUAAUCAGAGGUUACAAACUGCAUGUGGAAAAGGCUAAGUUUCAGCUCAAGGGUGAAUAUGAUGACAGGAAAAAGAAGAAGAAAUGCAAAGACUACAGGAAAAAGCUGUCUCUACAACAAAAACAGCUAGAUUGGAGGCCUGAGAAAAAAGCUGGUUCAAUGAGAAUGCGACAUGAGAGGGUUGUCAUUAUUAGGAAUAUGUUCCAUCCAAAGGAUUUUGAGGAGGAUCCAUUAGUGCUAAAUGAAAUCAGAGAAGACCUCCAAACAGAGUGUGAGAAGUUUGGGCAAGUAAAGAAGGUCCUUCUCUUUGAUAGACACCCAGAUGGUGUGGCCUCUGUGUCCUAUAAGGAACCAGAAGAAGCUGAUCUCUGCAUACAAGCCCUCAAUGGAAGGUGGUUUGGUGGUCGCCAGUUGCAUGUGGAAGUAUGGGAUGGUGUGACAGAUUAUCAGGUGGAGGAGACAUCAAGAGAGAGAGAAGAACAACUGAAAGGCUGGGAUAAUUUUUUAGAGAAUCCUAUCACCCAGAAAGAAACCCAUUCAUUUGAUCCUGAUUCUGCUUCUGGAAGCAUGACCCGGGUAUAG